AUGAGCUUUAUUAGGCCUUUAAAUUUGUGGAAUUAUCACAUUUGAAAAUUUUCUAAGCAAUUAAUUGCGAUUGAAAAUCUUUAUUUAAUAUUCCAUCAAAUAAAUGCUUAUAAUUUAAAUUUAAGAAGGAUUUCAAUUUUAAUGAUAAAUAAGCAUUUUUUACUUCAAUAUCAGAAUUUCAAUAAACAAAUAGUUUAUUUAGGCAAGCUUGUUAUCAUUUUUAUUGAUAAAAUAGAUUCAUUUAAUGGAAGCAGAAAUGAAUACGAAAAUGACUCGGCCAGGAGAAUUUUAGUAAAAAUGUAA